GCUGCCGAGUUGACAUGAAGAAGCAGCGGCAGCUAGGGCGGCGGUAGCGGCGGGAGUCGAGGCUUGCAGCGGGGCUCCCAGCUGAGAGCGCGACGCGGCCUAGAGCGGCAGACGGCGCAGUGGGCGGAGGAGGAGGCGCGGCAGCCGCCCUGGCCCGUCAUGGAGAUGGAAAAGGAGUUCGAGCAGAUCGACAAGGCCGGGAGCUGGGCGGCCAUUUACCAGGAUAUCCGACACGAAGCCAGUGACUUCCCAUGUAGAGUGGCCAAGCUUCCCAAGAACAAAAACCGAAACAGGUACAGAGAUGUCAGUCCCUUUGACCAUAGCCGGAUUAAACUGCAUCAAGAAGAUAACGACUAUAUCAAUGCUAGUUUGAUAAAAAUGGAAGAAGCCCAAAGAAGUUACAUUCUUACCCAGGGCCCUUUGCCUAAUACGUGUGGUCACUUUUGGGAGAUGGUGUGGGAGCAGAAAAGCAGGGGCGUGGUCAUGCUCAACAGAGUGAUGGAGAAAGGAUCGUUAAAAUGUGCACAGUACUGGCCACAAAAAGAAGAAAAAGAAAUGCUCUUUGAAGAUACAAACUUGAAAUUAACAUUGAUCUCUGAAGAUAUUAAGUCCUAUUAUACAGUACGACAACUAGAAUUGGAAAACCUCACAUCUAAAGAAACUCGAGAGAUCUUACAUUUUCACUAUACCACGUGGCCUGACUUUGGAGUCCCCGAAUCGCCAGCCUCGUUCCUGAACUUUCUUUUCAAAGUUCGUGAGUCGGGGUCACUCAGCCAGGAGCACGGGCCCAUCGUGGUGCACUGCAGCGCCGGCAUCGGCAGGUCGGGGACCUUCUGUCUGGCCGACACGUGUCUCUUGCUGAUGGACAAAAGGAAAGACCCUUCGUCUGUUGAUAUCAAGAAAGUUCUGUUAGAAAUGAGGAAAUUUCGGAUGGGACUGAUCCAGACCGCAGACCAGCUCCGUUUCUCCUACCUGGCUGUGAUCGAAGGUGCCAAAUUCAUCAUGGGAGACUCUUCCGUGCAGGAGCAGUGGAAGGAACUUUCCCACGAGGACCUGGAGCCCCCACCUGAGCACGUCCCCCCACCUCCCCGGCCACCCAAACGAAUCCUGGAGCCACACAAUGGGAAAUGCAAGGACUUCUUCCCAAACCACCAGUGGGUGAAGGAUGAGUCCAAGGAGGACAAGGACGACGGCCCCAUCAAGGAGGAAACGAGGACACCCCUGAGUGCCCCCUGCAGCAUGCAGAGCACAAGUCAAGACACUGAAGUCAGAAGGCGGGUUGUGGGGGCAAGUCCUGCCCAGGGGGAGCCGUCGCCACCCGAGGAGGAGCAGGACCAAGCGCUGACUCACUGGAAGCCUUUGCUGGUCAACAUGUGCAUGGCCACGGUCCUCACGGCCGGCGCGUACCUCUGCUACAGGGUAUGUUUCCACUGACCGACGUGCCAGCAAGACCACAUGUACAGAAAGCACUGGCCGAGCCUGGCGGCAGCAUCCAGUGCUGUGGAAGGAUCUGAGCCAGUCUCAGAAGAAACAGAUCAAAAGUCUUUAAAGUCUGGAACUGUGAAGGGCUAGCGAGAGAAUUGAGGAUUGAUGCACUGGGGUUUUAAGCAGCCCUGUGGUCCCAAGAAUACAAGAGUCUAAUCUCAGGGCCUUAACCUAUUCAGGAGUAAGUAGAGAAAAUGCCAAAUACAUCUCUCUCUCUCUCUCUUUUCCUUUUUUUUUCUUUCUUUCUUUUUUUUUUGUGUUCAUUUGUUUUUGGGAAAAAAAAAUAGAAUUACAACACAUUGUUGUUUUUAAUCUUUAUAAAAAGCAGCUUUUUGUUAUUUCUGGGGGGGGGAAAAAGACCAGGCACUUAAGAAACUGUCUUGUUACCCUUAGGUGGUGUGACCUGAGCCCAAUUUCUAUUUGGUUUCCCAGGGAAAGACUUCCACAGUUGCAGGAAUGUAAAUUCCUCUGGAGAAGAGGGCUUAAGGGUGUAGGAUGCUGUCUCGUUCAGUCACUUCCUCUGCUGGGUGCACACUGAGCUUGCGCAGCGCCCGCCAGCUUUUCCAUUUGAAGAAGAGAAAUAACAAAAGGCCAUCUCUAGACAACAAAACGCGGCUUGUGCUUUCGUUCAGGGUGCCCCACUGGUUUCCCAUGGUUCAUUUCUCCACCCAUCCUGUCUUGUCACAGCCAUCUCACCCCUGGCCUGCCCUCUUCGCCCCACCCCCCAAAACGGGCUUCCUCGAUGCCCCUGCCUCAGGGUCAGAGGUCACCACAGGGUGGCCACCGGCUUUUCACCCUACCACUGAGAUCCAGAAGGAGCAGUUUCCACUUGAUUUGGAAUAUAAAGGCCAUUUCAGCAGAAAUCCACCCAUGAGAACCAUGUUGCUGUUAAAGUAAAGUAAGGAUUAGCUUCCAGACUCUGGUCACGGAGCCGACCUCACGAGACUUUCUUAUCAUUUUAAAUAGUUUACCUCUUUCCAGGCGACUGUCCUUGAGUUCAUCAGAUGGUUUAGCAACAUGUAAACAGUUUUUUUUCCUUAGGGGUGAUUUUUGGGAAGGGGUCUAUUGUAAACAAAAACAAAACAAAAAAUCAAAACCCCUUUCCCAGGAGUGGGUGAGUUGGGGGUGGGGUUGGGGGUGGCCAAGGUCGUGCGUGAGACUGCAGCUCCGCACGGUGGGUCUGGGCCCAUCUGAAAAUGUUUGGUUUCAUUCCAGUUCCUAUUCAACAGCAGCACAUCAUCUGACUCACCUCCACCCCACUACCCGCCUCUGCUCGUAGAGCCCGCACCCCACUAGCCGGGGUGCCUUGGUGGGUAAGGGCCCCACACAGCGUAGCCGGCUGUGACCCAGACGGACGUUUGCUCGGCACUAAGCCACCCUCCUGGGCUGUUGGUCUUACCCGUUAACCUUUUUCUAUUUCCCCCCUCCACUUCCUUCAAGUACCAAAUCCACAACCCAUUUUUUUGAGAACAAAGGAGAGUACCGUGCUGCCGUGCUGGUGAGACAGAGGAAAGGUGGCCGGCGCACGUCGAGAGGCCGGCCUGGCCCAGUGCCCCCUCGGUGUGUCGCGGCACGUCCUGGCACGUCGCAGGCAGGCGACACACAACAUCCUCGAUGGAGACUGCGCGUUGUGAGCCUCUCCACUCCAUAUGUAUGUUUUUAUUUUUUCCCGAAAGGUGUCCGUAGUGCACUAGCAUUUUCUUAAACCAAUAAUGUAUUAAAACUUUUGAUGUCAGCCUUGCAUCCAAGGCUUUCUCAAAAAGUACAAUAAUAAAGCCUCAGGUCGUGCUGGGAGCGUGAAGCCUUGGCCGUGAGCCUGCUGCGUCAGACCAGUACUAGAAAGGACGGUUAUAAGCGGUGGUUAUUGCCUGACACUGUGGAUAAUGUGAGAAGAGGUUUGACAUAUGUUUAUAGAACAGUGGGAUAAUAUAUAAUGAACACUUGGAUAUUUAAGAUACAUGACGAGAGAUACUUUGUCCCAGUUAGUCCCCUCCCCGGUUAUCUGCUAGAGCCUUGUCCUCAGUCACCGCUUUCCCUGUGUGUAUUAGAAUGCAUGCCCCGUCUUCUUGUGUCCCGAUCAAAUACCACGUGCUUGAAAUACUUAGCUCUCUGCUCCCUGAAGCGCCCCCGUGUGCAAGUUCAGUCUGCCUUUGCAUGAUCAGAUCAUUACGUGGCUGUGGCUCCUAAGUCUGUUGCGGAUCUGAUCGUCUUUCAGCAAUGGAGGGAUGCUUUACAGCAACAGAUACUUGCCUGAUUCCUGGCAUGACACUCUGGUGACUUCCUGGUGAGGCCCGGCCUGCCCUGGUCCAGCCGGGUCCCACCAUAACUCAGACAUUCCAAGGGAUGGGAAGCCGUAGUCACACCUCACGCUCUGGACAUUUAGGCAAGCAGGGUCCCCCACACACACACCUUUGGGAUCAGCCUCCACUAUCCCAAGUCCAUACUCUUCUUGAGCAGACCGUGAUUCGGAACCAAGGCAACUGUUGAAAACCACACUUGAAGCAACUCGGAUGGCGAUGGUCCCGUAGAAUCAGCCUGCUGCUGUCUCACUCGGGAGGGCCCUGCUGAGAGAGGCAUGUCUGCCCCGCCCUUGAACCCUGGGGACUGAUGGUGCUCACUACUCUUCCUGCGAGGGGAACUUAAGACCUCCACAUUAAGUGGCUUUUUUAACAAGAAAAAAAAAAAAAGGCAGCUGUAGCUCACGAGCUGCUCUUUUGCCAGCAUUUUCACAUUUUGCCUUUCUCGUGUUAGAAGCCGGUGCCGAGAAAUUCUGUGGUGGGCACAUUAUAGAGCAUCGCCCCGCAGAGCUUUGGUGAGGUGUGGGUAAGGCUGAAGUGCCAGGCUGGAAGCAUUUUUGAGUUGGCUUGUUUGUUUGUUUUCAAAGUCCUGUAUAUGUAUGUAGUAGUUUGGGUGUGUAUAUAUAGUAGCAUUUCAAAAAUGGAUAUACUGGUCUAACCUUGUAUCCUUGGAAAACAGAUGGCUCCCCAUCUGGUUACAUAUGUUAGAGAAGUAGCGAGCUGCUCUACUAUAUGCCUUAAGCCAAUAUUUACUCAGCAGGUCAUUCUUUUUUACAAUGGCCGUGGAAUAAACCAUUUGUACAAAAAUAAAAACAAACAAAAAAAUGAGGUGUUUUGGUAUAAUACCUUUUCAGAUGUGUGUAUACGUGGGUGCAUGACGGGGUCGGGUGGGGGGCGCGUCUCAGGGUCUUCUGUGACCUCACAGAACUGUCAAACUGUACAGUUUUCCAACUUGCCAUAUAAAUGAUGGGUUUGCCUUUUAGUUGCAACAAUAAAAAAUUUUUUUUCUAAAAAAUA